GGGAGGAGAGACGUAGAAUUGAAACACAACCAGUUAGCGAGUUUGCAAGCUAAACUGCUCUUCAACAGAAAAACGACGCUGCGAGAAAUACUUUUUGGAGAAAGUCGUUUUCAUUUCAGUUUUAAAUUCCUUAUUAUUGCAACAAAAAAUAGCUAAAGAGAUUUAUUGCACAAUUAUCUGAGAGGGAUAAAAAUGGUUAUUAAAGUUUUCAUAGCAUCCUCCUCAGGAUCUACUUCGAUCAAGAAGCAGCAGCAGGAUGUCAUGGGCUUCCUUGCAGCCAACAAGAUAGAGUUUGAGGAGUGCGAUAUCGCAGCAGACGAGGACAACAGGAAGUGGAUGCGGGAGAACGUUCCGGAAGAUUCCAGGCCUGCCACGGGGAACCCUCUUCCCCCACAGAUCUUCAAUGAGGCACAGUACUGUGGGAAUUACGAGGCUUUCUUCGAUGCCAGGGAAGACAAUGCUGUGUAUGCGUUCUUAGGCCUGACUGCCCCUCCAGGAUCAAAGGAAGCAGAAGCCCUUGCCAGAGCAGCACAGCAGUAGCCAGGAAAUGCCUUUCCCCAUCCUUAGCACCCUCUCCUGUCAGCCUUUAGUACUGCAGCUUGACAAAAAAAAUGCAACUGUGCUGUCUGGUGCAGCCAAACAUUCGCAUCCUUAAUUUUAUUCCACAACUUUCUCCCAUAAUUUUGAUCAUCGUUUGCUAUAGAUAUUGUUAAAUCAUUAUGUCAGUGCUUCAUCAACCGUGUCAGAAUUGUGACAGAAGGUGACAACAUGAAAUUUAAAAUGAAUUGUUUGUUCUACUGAGUCUCGUUUUGUGCCACAAAUGUCAGCCAGAUUUAGUGUGAACAGGCUUCUCUGUCGCUGUUGAGAACCAUGUGUUUAACAUGUUUACAGUAGUGUCCUCAGCCAUUAACCAUCCAUGCCUGAACGUAUUACACAUUAUAUUGUUUCUGCCGUAUAGUUUGACAAAGAAUAUACUGUCUGCGCCAAAUAAAUGUGUGAGAAGUAUAUGAAGGGUACCAAUGCAAAAAGUCUGUAUACCUUAAUGUCUUAACAUGCAAUUUUCUGUUCUUUUUUGUAUUUGCACCUUUUUCCAUUAACAGGCAGAUAAAAGGAAAUAAAAUAGCCAAAAAUGCCAAAAAUACUGUUAUUAAAGGAAGCAUGGGCAUGAAAUAAUCCAGCUAUUUUGUUGCUACACACAUUCUUGGUUAUGUGUCUUUUGGGAAGAAAAUACUUUGGUACGACUCUAACCCAAAAUGUUUGUUUAUUGGAUGUACAGUAAUAAUAAUAGUAAUAGGAGUCUACUUUAAUAUUCACAUCUAAGAGAAAUACUGAGUUGAAUAUUUGGCAAUAAAACAUGUGUCCAUAUCAAGCAUUUUGUACCCCAUGCAAUGUUUUUGGUUAUUUUUGGGAUAAGUACAAAAAAUGCUUGUGGCUAUAAAAUCGUAUGAUGCUUCCACUCCUCUGCUUGUUGUCGGUGAAAUGUUUUAUUUUAUGAAUGUUUAUAAAGAAAUAAAUAUGAAAAACGUU